AUGCUAAUACGAAACUCGUUGCUUCUGAUUUUUCUCUCCGCAAUUUCUUGUGUCAAAGUUCGAUCCCAAUCUUUAUUGACACAACAAUGUUUGGAAAUUGUAUGUUCUUAUUUUAUUUACAAAAAAGAUUUAACUCAACAAACCUUUAAUCUUUAAACUAAAUUUAAAAUGGUUUAUGAUUAUAUUGCAGGCCUCAGACCGAGAUUGCACCGUCUUUAACAAGUGCUGUGACUUUAAAUGCCAUCAAUCAGUUCACGGCGGACAUAGCAGAGAACACUUUUGCAUGGCCUUAUUUGGAAGAAUCCAACGGAGCGAGUGUGUUUGGUAAGUCGCGGUAAUGUUACGUAACUCUCGAUUACAGUAAUUCGGCGUCAUCCUUAAAUGGAAAAUCGGCUCCGUUUGGCUUCAAACAUCUGGAUAUUGUGACUGGAGUCUUUCUACUCUUUGCUUUUGAUUUUGUUCUUUUAACUUUUGCUCUAUGA